UCGGGCCCGGUUCCCGAUCCCACCCUUAACCCCGAGGGGGGGGCGGUGCAGCCCCAGGUCCGCCCCGUCCUUCUCCUCGCAGCCGCCGGGAUCCGCGGUGCAGCCGCAGGCGGUGGGAGCGCAACGCGGGGGAUGAGCGGAGCGCUGCGGGGUGAACGGCGGCACGGAUCGGCCCGGCCCGGUGAGCGGGGACAACCGGCACCGAACCGGGGGAGGGGGACUCUCCCAUUGAGCACAGGAACUAAAAGGUGAUGGCAAACCUAUCAACCCCUCCAGCCUGGACCAGAGUCAUCAACAGCUCCUUUGUCACAGGCAAUGCUGACAACAACACCUACAGGUGUGUGUUUGAUGAGGACUUCAAGUACGUCCUGCUGCCCGUCUCCUAUGGCAUCGUAUGUGUGGUGGGACUCUUCCUCAACCUACUGGCCCUCUACGGCUUCAUCUUUAGGAUCAAGACCUGGAAUGCCUCCACCACGUACAUGUUCAACCUGGCCAUAUCGGACACGCUCUACGUGGUCUCCCUCCCCCUCCUGGUGUAUUACUACGCCAUGGGGGACAACUGGCCCUUUGGAGUGGGUUUGUGCAAGAUAGUUCGCUUCUUGUUUUACACCAACCUCUACUGCAGCAUCCUCUUCCUCCUCUGCAUCAGCAUCCAUCGCUUCCUGGGCAUCUGCUACCCGCUGAAGUCCCUGCAGUGGGGACACGUCCGCUACGCCCGCAGGGUGUCAGUCAUCGUCUGGGUGGUGACCGUGGUUUGCCAAUUGCCCGUUCUCUUCUUUGUCACCACCAGCAUGAGACGCGGCACCAUCACCUGCCACGACACCUCCAGCAAAGACCUCUUUGGCCAGUUUGUCAUUUACAGUUCGGUGAUGAUGGUGCUUCUCUUCUGCAUCCCCUUCCUCAUCAUCAUCGUCUGCUACUGCCUCAUGGCCCGCAGGCUGUUACAGCCUACACGGGGCAUGUCCCGGCUCUCCCGAUCCAAGAAGAAGUCAGUCAAGAUGAUAAUCAUUGUCCUGGUGGUCUUCAGCGUUUGCUUCCUUCCUUUCCAUGUCACUCGUUCCUUGUACUACUCCUUCCGGAGCUGGGAUUUGAGCUGUCAGACCCUCAAUGCUAUAAAUUUAGCCUAUAAGGUGACCCGGCCCUUAGCCAGCACCAACAGCUGUUUGGAUCCCGUACUGUAUUUCUUAGCAGGACAAAGAUUUAUGAAGCUCACAGGCAAUAAAAUCCCAUGGAAGCCUCAAAAUGAGAUGGCAAUGGGGACUGUGCCCAACGGUCCCCUGGGAACCAGCGAUGACACAGACACAACAUCCAAGGACAUGAAAUCCUAGCUCUGCCCCACACCCUGUGGCAGCGGAAGGGUUCAUCCCACAUGUGAGUGAUGGGAGGUGAGGAUGCUUCAGGGCCAGAGGCCUUUGGUGUUUGCAGUGCCUUGGCUCCCAUGAGUAUUGCUGUUUGGAGCAUGUGUUUUCAGGGAGGUGAUGCCGUGGUGAUAGGGACAGACAUCGUCCCUUUGCCUCUUUCCCCGCCUGUUCAUCAACAUAUGGCCCCUCCCCAGUGGUCAGCCUGGGUGACCUUGCAGCGUGGUUGCAAAAUCAGCUAAAAUUCACGCCCUGGAUGCCUUGGACUGUUUUCUAAAGAAGAAAACGCUACGUGCAAAAAGUUCCACGGAGAAAUCAGGCUGCUCUCCUCCAGGUUCCCUGGCACGUAAGGAGCGUGAGUUUAUCAGAAGUCUUUCCAUGCCUUGGCAAGGGAAAAAAACGACUCUUGAUUCAUGGGGAGUGUCAGCUGUGCUUGUGAUAAACAGGUUGAUAAAAGGUCAAGUGCAAACACUGCCUGCGGCGGGGAUGGGACGCCCGCUGCUUUGCAUCCCUGGAAUCAUGAAGGUUGGAAGAGCCCUCCGAGAUCCUCCAGUCCUACCCCAGCCCACCCCACCGCAUCCCUCAGUGCCCCAUGGGCCCCAUUCCCGGGCACCUCCAGGGAUGGUGAUUUACCACCUCUCUGUGCAGCCUGUGUCAAUCCAUUGCAACGCUUCCAAAGAUUUUUUUGCCCUGUUUUCCAACCUGAACCCCUUCCCUGGAGCAGCUUGAGGCCAUCACCUCUCACCCUAUUGGGAGAAGAGAUUGACCCCCUCCUCACCACCACCUCCAUUCAGCUAAUGCUCUCCCAGCUCUGGCCCCUUUCUGAAGGAUUCCCAUUAAAAGGGGCACAGGUUGGGGGCACUUCCCAUCCCACUGGGGUGUGCUGAUACUUGUAAGCUGGUCCCCAGUUUCUCCAGUGAGGUCAACAUCAUAGAGAGCCAUUGGUGUUUCCCCACAGCAACGUUCAUGUCUGAAAAGCUGUAGGAGCCUUUAAUAGUCACCUUCAGCUCAGUGAAAGCGAGGCUGAGCUCUUUGUGCCUUGUUUUUAAUCAUCUUGGCCCAGCCCUGCCAUAAGGAUGCUGAUUCCUCACCCUUAAAAAUGAAAAUUGCUCCUUCUGCUGAACUGGUUGAGUCCUAUUUCAUAAAAAUGGCCCAGGCUCUAUUUUAGGGUUAGACAAACACUUUUGGUCCCAGUUUAGACUGAGUCCUCAGACCUCUUAGUUUCUCCCAUCCCUCCAGCCUAUGAAGUGGCUUGAAGGGGGGUAAAGACAUGGAGAUAAAGAAAUAACUGGGACAUUCCCGUGGUCUCAGCUUGGUGGAAUUGUGGUCCCAUGGAGGGUUCUUGUCCUGACCCACAAUAUCACGGCCACAGAAGACAAAGGAGAGGACUGUCUCCAUGCUGAGCACCAUCAGCAAAGGAAAACAGAGCAUUUGUAGGGUGAGUCAUCUCAUCCUGCAGAGGAUUGUUAGGGGGGGUUGGGUUAAGGUAGGCGUUGCACCUUUUUCUCCCCGUGAAGCUUCAUGGGAAGGCUUACAGGCAGUCACCGAGGUGAGACAAAUAACAGAGUAAGCAUAGAACCAUAGAAUGGCCUGGGUUGCAAAGGCCCACAGUGCUCAUCCAGUUCCAACCUCUUGCUAUGUGCAGGGUCACCAACCAGCAGCCCAGGCUGCCCAGAGCCACAUCCAUGUAUCCAAGCAAAGUGGAUAUGAACUUUCCUCCAGGCCAGGUCCUUCCUGCUCACCCAAUAACUCAAUAAACCAUGCUCCCAUCUCCCUCCUUUGCCCCAGUCUGCACUCCCACCCUCACCACCACCACCUCUAUUGGAGUCCCAAUGGUUCUCCUCCAACGCGGUUCAGGUGGAGAGCUGAUGGAGAGGGCCCAGCUGGAACUGUGCAUACAGGUUUUGUGUUUGUUUGUCAAAGCACUAACUUAUACACACACACACACACACAAAGAAGUGGGUUUUGUGAUAAUAGCUGUACGUUUUUAUUUUUGUAACAUGCAGACAUUUCUUAGAGUGAAUAAAUUUAUUUCUAUUGCAAGCGUU